AUGCCUUCGCGAACUGCUGCCUAGAUAUACUUGCCCAGAAAUAGUUUGCAGUUAGUCUAGUUUACAAUUUUGAUGGAAUCGGUUGGAAAUGAGCCUCGACAAGAAACAAGAACAAGCGGAGGGGCUGCCGUUCCUAGGCGAUGCGUCUGCCAAGUCCAACAAUGGAAAACCGCCUAAGGAAAAACCGCACAAGGAUAUCAGAUGCGGAUUUUGGAUAUUCAAAGGAUCAAUGCUGCAGAGGCUAGCUACCGAAAAAUUGUUUGUCGUAAUUUACGGCAUUGGCGGUUGCUUUUUAUCCAUGUCUCUGGCUUACUUUAAUGGCACUAUCACGACCUUGGAGAAACGCUAUAAAAUACCAACAAAAAUGUCUGGCAUGAUUAUUGUUGGAAAUGAUAUAAGCAUGAUGAUAACCUCCGUCCUGGCGGGCUACUAUAUACACAAAGGACAUCGCGCGCGCUGGAUAGGCUUUGGUUUUUUCACAAUCUUUAUAUUCUGUUUGCUCACAUGCUCCUUGCACUUUAUAUACGGCGCUGGCGAGGAUGCUCUGAAGCUCACCCGGCAAUAUGGUGACUUUAAGAACAUCAGCGAAUACCUGACAACUGCACAUAAGGAGCAAAAACUGUGCAUGACCAAGGAAUCGGGCUGUGUACAACAGGAUGGCACCUGGGUGCCGCCACUUGUACUGUUUGUGGGCCAAUUUGUAGCUGGCAUUGGAAUAUCCCUCUUCUGGACAGUGGGCAUUGCCUAUAUGGAUGAUAACACCUCAAAGGACAAGACACCGGCAUUGCUGAGCAUAUCCGCUUUCCUACGCAUGCUGGGACCGGCCAUUGGCUAUUCUCUAGCUUCUGUCUGCCUGCGUUGGUAUAUAGAACCGAAUUUGGAGCCCCUGAUCAAGCCCGGAGAUCCCAGAUGGUUGGGCGCCUGGUGGCUCGGCUGGCUUAUACUAGCUGUCAUUACCUUUAUCAUUGCCUUCUUUAUGUUCAUGUUUCCCAAGGAGCUGCCCAGCGCGAAUGCGAGACGUUUAGAAUUGGAAGCGACUGGCAUGCAAGAUCCCAAGGAACACAAGGACCUCUCCAUAAGCGACUUGUUGCGCUCCAUAAAACGUUUGGCAGCCAACAAAGUCUACAUGUACAACACAUUCGCCACCAGUUUCUAUCUCUUCGGCUAUUUGGCCUACUGGAUAUUCACACCAAAGUAUAUUGAGACCCAAUAUAGGCAAUCGGCAUCAAUGGCCACCAUGGCUACAGGUACCUUGGCUCUAGGCUUCUCAGCUGUGGGCGUACUCCUCUCUGGAUACAUAGUGUCCAAGUAUAAGCCCAGUGCAAGGGCCAUGGCUGCUUGGAAUGCGACUGUGGACUUCUUGACCGUGGCUGGCAUUCUGCUGUACGUAGUCAUUGGCUGCGAGGGCAGCGAUCAGCUAAGCUCCAUGGCGAUCAGCGACAGCUGCAGCACAUCCUGUCACUGUGAAUACGUGCACUACGCACCAAUCUGCAGUCCGGAUAAUGUUACUUAUAUAUCCGCCUGUCAUGCCGGCUGCACGGGCAGCAGCAAGACUCCGCUGGGACGCACCAUGUUCACAGGCUGUGCUUGCUUACAUCCAACGAAUACAACAAGUGGUUCCGAGUUUCAGUAUGCAUUGGAUGGUGCCUGUCCUGUGGAUUGCACUAGACAGUUCAUCGUCUUUCUGGUAGUCAUGUGCUUCCUGAAACUCGUCGGUGCCACCAGCAAAUCCACCAAUCUUCUUAUAUCACUGCGCUGCAUAGAGCCGGAGGACAAAAGCUUUGCUCUGGGUCUGGGUGGCCUGAUUGGUUCGCUGACAGCCUUUAUACCUGGUCCGAUUUUCUUUGGUUGGCUUUUGGACAAAUACUGUUUGGUGUGGGGCAAAACUUGCAGCAACAAGGGCAACUGUUGGCUUUAUGACACGCAUUCCUUAAGGUAUGCAUUCAACCUAACUUCAGGCUUUUUCAUAUUAUUGGGUGGCCUCUUAAAUAUUGGCGUGUGGUAUCAUGCCAAGGACCUUCUGAUAUUCGAUGAGGAACAAAAGGAAACCGAUAAAUCGGAUGGUAAGGCAGACAGUUUCAACCUUACGUCCAAAUUCCAAGUAGUUAAGGUAUCCAAAGAAACGGAAGAACUUUAAGAUCAAUGUUAUCUUUGAAUUUUAAACACGAAUUAACUCUAUGAGACUUAUUAAACAACAUUUUAAGAAGAA